AUGUCGGUAAACCCACCUUCGGGAUCGUUCCUCAAAUGCCAUGUUUGCGUCUCAACUGAAGGCAAGAUCUGGAAAAAAGUUAUGCUAUGUAGUACCGAAAAAUCGAAUGACCUAGAAGAAACCCUUGUGAGUCUACAGAAACUUCUGGAGAAGGAAAGUGUGCCGCCCAAAGUUAUUUGCAGGGGAUGCAAAAUGCAGCGUUAUUGCAGCGUAUCCCAUCUCCUGAAAGAUCGUCCGGAACACCAACCCGUCUGCCAGGUGCUAAGGGAUCUGCAGAAGUUCAGGAAGAUCGAUCAUCCGCUGCUGCUGCACGGCAGGAUCUCCGAUCGCCGAAUGCUGCAGUUCGUCAUUUCCCAGCUUAAGCUGUUUGUGUGGACCAAGUUGGGCAGACCGCUCCUCCCGCGGGAGCAUCAACUUCUGGGGGAACCCGCCGUUUGCGAUAUCUGCUUCAGUACUGGAGCUUUGCAGGACUGCGAUGGAUGUGCCGGAGUGGCCUUCUGCUCCGCCGAGCACCACAAACUAAUCGGGGAAUAUCACACUCCAAAGGAUUGUCGAACUCUGGCCAUGAUCGCAACUCCUUUCCGUCAAUUGGACAGCAUUGUGAAUAUCAGGCACUUCUACAAAGGAUGUAGAAUUAAGGAGAGCCAUCUCAUUGAGGCCUUCCGCAAAGCCACCAACGUGAGGAUUAGCCCGACACCUUGGUCCGAUCUGGAAUCGUACCAGCUAUUCGCCACCUGUUCCUCCUUCAGCGGCAUCGGCAGCCUUUGCCUGGCCCUCACCCACAUUUCCUGGAUCCCUCAUCCGGAUAAAGCUGUCAUCGUUUACGUGGUGGGCGCCACCAAGGAAACGUUAAUAUACUUCCAGGAUAUGCACUUGAAUUUCCUGUUUCUGCAGUAUCCAAACAUUCGCCACUUGGAGUUGCACUUCAUCGGGAAAACAAUUGGUCAAUUCGGGAAAAUCGAAAUUUCAUUCCCUAAACAGCAGGUGAUAAAACACUUUUAUCCCCUGUCUUUCUUCCAAUUUUCAAGCAUUCUUCAUGUGGAUCCCACUUUGAUUCUUAUACUGCAACCCGAUUUCAUCGGCACUGGGACUAUAACCCAGAAUAUUGCCAAUUUUUUACAAAAAAAGGACACACUUGAUGACUGGCAGGAUUGUCUUUCAAGUAUUAUCCGAAGUUUUGGUGUUCCCAUUUGCUAUACGUCGAUCUCAAAGCUCCAGGCAAUGUCCGACUUCACAGCCAUCAAUAAGAUGGCCAGGAGUAAUAAUAUUGACAUUAAGAGGGCCUACAACAUAACCGACAAUCCCUAUCGUGAGAUAUUACCAAUCCACAAUCCCGCUCCACUGGAUCCUGAAAGGAUUGUAUAUGUCAAUAACUACCUGGAGGUUGUUUUUACCGGAAUCAAAAAGUAUUAG